UUCAAGUUUAACAGCACUGUCUUUCACUGUUUAACAAUAACAAUACGUUCUAGAUUGCAUAUAAUAUAUUAUGAUUUUCAUCAAUAAGCAGAUAUACAAAAAAGUCUGAAUGUUACAGUAUGGAUGCUAAGGCCCAAGCAUUACAAAUUUAGUAAUCGUGAGACAAUUGAUAUUUUUAUACUACAACAGAGUUACAUAAAGAUUUGUAAAAAACUAAACUCAUGCUUGAUUAUUUAAGAAGUUAUGAUUAUAAAUCUGAGUUUUUAGCUUUUUCCCUCAAAAUUGAUAAUAAAUUCUUGCAGGCGCCAUGGUUGUCCCUGACGAGGAGUUAAAGUACGACAACAUGCUGAUGCACAUUGCUCAACAACACAAUGGCAUCGAGCCUCUCUUUGAAACAUUCUUCGGAUUCUUGCGGAGGAAAACAGAUUUUUACACCGGAGCUCAGAAAGCGAUAGCUGAGACUUUGGUGAUGACCUCGUUCAAGAAACAUCUGAAUCACGCUCUGAAGGAAAAAGCUGCUAGAGAAGAGAGUGAUCAGUUCGAGAAACCUGUCCCCCAAGUUGAGCCUGCUUCCAUUGAAGAGAUAACGACUGAAGGUGCCAAAGCAACACCCGCACCUAAACCUGUAGUACCCACUCCUCCCAAAGAAGACCUCAGCAAACAUGUCGACGAAACCAAGCUUGAAGAAGGAGAGGAAUCGGAGAAGGGUAAACUUGAGCCAAACGCUGGCAAUGGUGCUAAUUAUCCUAACUAUUCAUUCACUCAAACACUUGAAGAGCUGGAGGUUAAAAUUCCCUUCAAUGUGAACUUCAAAGUAAAGAGUAAGGACUGUAAGGUCGACAUAAAAGAGAAAUCUUUGUCAGUCGGAUUAAAGGGGCAUGAACCUGUUAUCAAAGGAGAAUUAUACGCCAAGAUAUUAACUGAUGAGGCCUUGUGGCACCUGGAGGACAAUGCAGUGGUACUCUCACUAGAGAAGUUCAACAAGGUCGAGUGGUGGGGUUGUAUAAUCAAGGGUGACGAGGAAAUCAGCACCAAAAAAGUACAACCUGAGAAUUCUAAACUUGGAGAUCUUGAUGGAGAAACCCGGUCUAUGGUUGAAAAAAUGAUGUACGAUCAGAGACAGAAGGCAGCUGGUCUGCCUUCGUCUGAUGAUCAGAAGAAAGAGGACACCAUGAAGAAGUUUAUGGAGCAGCAUCCUGAGAUGGAUUUCUCGAAGUGCAAGUGGGGAUAAAAUGGUUGUGGUGCGAGUAUUCGACAGUGUUUUUAUGAUUUUUUUUGUCGGAAUUUGGCCACCUCUGCACUGUUAGCCUCCAUUCACGAAUUUCAGGAGAUUUUUUGUGGAGCUUAUAUCUUAACAUCAAAUCUCCACGACUUUUAAAAGUUCUGAUUUUCAAUGUAUUUUGAAUUGCUUCACUAAGUUCUAACUACAUUCGGCCACAAUUAUUUAUUGGUAGUGUUGUACUAUAUUCUAUAUUUCUCUAUUUUUUCUAUAAA